AUAUUUAUUAUAUAACAUUGGGAACAUGAAUGAGAGCUAUAAACCAGUCACCACCAUAGAAUUGAGAGAGCUAAACCAGUUUUCUUGUCAGCCUCUUUGAACUUCAAGUCAAGAAAAUUACAAGGUUUUCUUGCAGCUUAUGAACAUCUUAUGUGUUGGUUCUUGGAAUUUUCAGUCAAAUGACAACAGAAAGCACAGCUAUGCCUGAAACAUUAUUACAGCCAUUGAUUUCUGAUGAAAUUCCAAAAUGGAGGGAUCAGAUCACAAUUAGAGGAUUAGUGGUGAGUGCUGUAUUAGGAACCCUGUUCUGCAUUUUAGAGCACAGACUGAGUUUAGCAGCAGGAAUCGUCCCUGCUAUGAAUAUAGUUGCUGCAUUGCUUUCUUUUUUCAUUGUCAAAAUGUGGACUAGUUUUUGGUCAAAAUUUGGGUUCUCCACAAUCCCUUUUACUAAACAAGAAAAUACCGUAAUCCAAACUUGUAUCGUUGCUUGCUAUGGCGUCGCAGUUAGCGGCGGAUUUAGUACGUAUCUGCUUGCAAUGGACGAAAGGAUGUAUCAACUGGUUGGUGUUGAUUACCCCGGAAAUCGCCCGGAAGACGUAAAGAAUCCCGGGUUAGGAUGGAUGAUUUGUUUCUUAUUUGGUGUUAGUUUUCUAGGGAUUUUUAGUAUUGUUUCGCUACGUAAGGUCAUGAUCGUAGAUUAUGACCUCGCUUAUCCUACCGGAACUGCAACAGCUGUAUUGAUUAAUAGCUUUCAUACGAAUACAGGACUCGCGGAUAAUCAAGCGAGUUAUGUCGGGAAGUUUUUCACCUUGAGUUUCUGUUGGAGUUGCUUCAAGUGGUUCUUUAGUGGUGUUGAUGAUUCUUGUGGAUUUGAUCAUUUUCCAAGCUUAGGUUUGACACUUAUGAAGUACUCAUUCUAUUUUGAUUUCAAUCCUAGCUUUAUUGGCUGUGGCCUUAUUUGCCCUCACCAAGUAAACUGUUCUAUUCUUCUUGGAGCAAUCAUAUUUCAGGGGUUUCUGUUACCUUACAUUUCGAAACAAUCCGGAAUUUGGUAUCAGGACAAUCUACAUGACAGUGAUCUAAAAGGCCUCGGCGGAUAUAAGAUUCUCAUGUCGAUUUCACUUAUUCUCGGAGAUGGCAUCUACAAUCUAAUCAAGAUUGCAGUACUAACAUUAAAGAAAAUGCAGAAUAGCCCGAAACAGGAUGACCUACCGAUCUGCAAUAACGGAACCAGCUCGAAACUCAUUCUCGAGCUAAGAAAUGAAAUGUUCCUGAAGGAUAGAAUUUCUCCUUGGAAUGCAGGUUUUGGGUUUAUAAGCAUGGCAGUAAUUUCAGCAUUGACCAUACCGAUAAUAUUUCCGCAACUAAAGUGGUAUUUAGUACUAAUCUCUAGUGUUCUAGCACCAAUUUUCGCCUUCUGCAACUCGUACGGCACUGGACUGACAGACAUGAGCAUGCUUACCACUUAUGGAAAGAUUGGAAUUUUCAUAAUCGCUUCGUUAGUCGGAACAAAUGGCGGCGUAAUAGCUGGAUUAUCAGGCUGUGGUGCAAUUAUAACAAGUGCCUCUUCUGCAUCAGAUUUAAUGCAAGAUUUUAAGACAGGUUAUCUAACCUUAACUUCUUCAAAAGCUAUGUUCAUAAGCCAAUUAGCAGGAACAGCAAUCGGAUGCAUCGUUGCGCCAUUAACAUUCUGGUUGUAUUGGAAUGCGUUCGACAUUGGAUCACCCGACGGACCAUAUCCGGCUCCGUACGCAAUUCUUUUUCGGCAAAUGGCGAUUCUUGGAGUUUCAGGAUUUUCUCAGCUGCCAAAGUAUUCUUUAGUGAUAUUCUGCAGUUUCUUGAUGUUGGGGUUGGUUUUGAACAUUCUGAGAGAUGUAGUCUCGUCGAAAAGUUCGAGAUUUAUUCCGAUUCCGACGGCGAUGGCCAUCCCGAUAUUUGUGGGAGGUAACUUUGCGAUUGACAUGUUUGUAGGGACAGUAAUAGGAUAUGUUUGGGAGAGAAGGAAUGAGAAAAAUGCAGAGGAUUAUGGAAGUUCAGUUGCUUCAGGUUUAAUAUGUGGUGAUGGAUUAUGGACAAUUCCUUGUGCUAUACUCUCAAUAUCAAGAAUUAAUCCUCCUAUUUGCAUGGAUUUUAGACCUUCUUUAAGUAGAUGAAUUUGUAUAAUAUCUUAAUCAAUUGCUCAUAUUAUGCUAGGUAGUGGUGAUCACUUGCUUAUAAUUAACUAACUUGCUAAUGUAAUUGUGUAGAAACCUAUUUCCCGACAAUUUAUGACACGACCUGUUUAAAGGACACAA